AUGAGCCAAUGGUUGCUCAUCCUCACCAUUAUUUUCAUCAAUGUCAAAGAUAUAUCAGGCAGCUGGGAAGAAUGGUGGACCUAUGAUGGCAUAUCAGGUCCUGGUUUCUGGGGUCUAAUCAAUCCCCAAUGGAGUAUGUGCAACAAGGGAAGACGACAGAGCCCAAUCAAUAUAGAACCUGACAAGUUGUUGUUUGAUCCCUGGCUUCGAGAUGUGCAGUUUGACAAACACAAGGUCAGCGGCGUGCUUCAAAACACGGGACAGUCUCUGGUAUUUCGCGUAGAGAAGGACUCAAAGCACCAAGUGAACAUCAGUGGAGGUCCGCUGUCAUAUCGAUACCAGUUUGAGGAGAUCUACUUCCACUAUGGCUUGGAAGACAAUAGAGGGUCUGAACAUCAGAUAGACCAUCAUACAUUUCCGGGAGAGAUUCAACUGUAUGGUUUCAACAAGGAACUAUACCAUAACAUGUCCGAAGCACAACAUAAAUCACAAGGAGUCGUUGGAAUUUCUCUCAUGGUUCAGAUUGGAGAACCGACUAACAAGGAACUAAGAAUAAUAACAAGCGCCUUCAACAAAGUAAUGUUCAGAGGUAGUUCAUACCCAAUCAGAAACCUGCCACUUAGCACUCUAUUGCCCAACACUCAGCAGUACCUUACAUAUGAGGGGUCAACCACUCACCCCGGAUGCUGGGAAACGGCUGUGUGGAUUAUAUUUAAUAAACCUAUUUAUAUAUCUAAACAGGAGAUGUACGCAAUCCGCCGUCUGAUGCAAGGAUCGCAGCUGACACCCAAAGCGCCACUCGGCAACAAUGCUCGCCCAGUUCAGCCAUUACACCAUCGUACUGUCAGAACUAAUAUUAACUUCAACAAACAGGGACUGCCGGCAUCAAGUAACUGUCCGGAUAUGUACCGCAAUAUGCAUUAUACAGCACGUUAUUCCCGCAAGGCACGAACGAAAAAGAGUGUUGCAUGCAAAAGAAAGAUGUUUUCAAAGAAAACAUGUCACAAAAAAUAG